GAGUCGGCGAUGAUUCUCAUCGAUCGGAGUUGUGUCCCCAAUUCGCGGAGAUGCCCAAUCUUCCUUUAGUCGCAGGUAAAGCCUCCAUUUUUGGGUUUUGUGUCUGUUUCUUAGAUUCUUUCGUUUGCUCUCAGAAUCUUGGUUUGAGCGGUGGAAUCAGUGGUUUCAGUGCACCUGAAGCUCUGCCAAAUGUUUGUGAAAAUGCCACUCCUUCUUCCAUCAAAUCUUUCAACCAGUUGAUUGAGACUUUGAUUGAUCGGGUUGAUCUAUCUGAAGCUGAGGCUGAAUCAUCUCUCGAGUUUUUGCUGAACGAGGCAAACGAGGCACUAAUUAGUGCCUUUCUGGUUCUCCUGAGAGCUAAAGGAGAGACAUACGAAGAAAUUGUGGGGUUGGCUAGGGCAAUGAUGAAGCAUGCCAGGAAAGUGGAAGGAUUAGUCGAUGCUGUGGACAUAGUUGGAACAGGUGGUGAUGGAGCAAACACAGUCAAUAUAUCAACUGGAUCUUCAAUACUUGCUGCAGCUUGUGGUGCAAAAGUAGCAAAGUUGAAGAUACUGAUGAUACUUACAGCAGGAGGAAGUAGUUUUGGUUGUCCAGAGAAUGCUGCAGCUUCUAUAAUUAGUGCACUGAGUAAUGCCUAUCAUUUGGCACCAAACUCUUCUAACCUUCGUGCAACUAGGUUUGAACAAAAAUUUCAAGAUUCUGAGUCAUUACCACUUGUUCCCACCACCAAAACGUUUCUCAGGCGAUUCAUUCAAGCAGCACAAGCGUCUCACAAGGUGGUUCCCGAUAUGGAGAUGGAGUUUCUAGCAAAUCAAGUUAUAAACGUGUUAAAACUUUCAGUCUUCUUCUUCUUCGUUGAGAUAGCUAGCGACUCUUCCAAUCAUCUCAUUCGAGGGAGAGAAGGUCGGGGAGACUUAUCUGGACCUCAAAACGGCGCCGGAAGAUACCACGCGUGCCGUUGUUCAAGUCAGAUUUAUGUUCCUGAAUUUGUAGACGAAGGCGAAGAAGAUCUUGGCAAUUUUAAGGAACCUACGACUGAUUUUAAUGACAAAGUAGGGAAGAAGAGACAGAGGAAGAAAGAUGAGUCUGGUCUUGAGAAGACGAAGAAGAAGAAGAAGAGAAGAAGCAAGAUUCUAUUGAAAAUUCCAGCAGAGGUUCAGGAGAAGUGGGAUUCAAUUACAAACAACGAGAACUCCAAGGUUAUGCGAGAUGGAAUGAUUGUGCAGUCAGGAAGAUACGACGAAUUAGUGAGCUCCGAGUUAGAUUUUGGGGAACUGGUAGCAGCGCACGAGACAUCAAUGGAGCAAGUUGAAGCUGGGACCAAACAACCAUACCUAAAUGGCGCUUCCUACGGACCAUCAAUUCCACCGCCGGCUAAAGCUCACCGUAGCUACGACUCACCUGGAUUCGGAUGCUGUUGCUUCAGCUGCCUCAGAAGCUGUCUCCGCUGCAUCUUAAGCCUGAUCUGCAACAUCCUCGUAGCUAUAGCCGUAAUCCUCGCAAUCACCGGUUUCAUUCUCUGGCUAAGCUUCCGUCCAAACGCCGUCAAAUUCUACGUCGCCGACGCUAAUCUAAACGGAUUCAGCUUCGAUUCAAACAACAACAGCAAUCUCCAUUACAGUCUUGAUCUCAAUUUCACAAUUCGUAACCCUAAUCAACGAGUCGGAGUUUACUACGAUGAGAUCUCGGUGAGUGGCUAUUACGGUGAUCAGAGAUUCGGAUCUGUGAACGUUUCGUCGUUUUAUCAAGGACAUAAGAAUACGACGGUGAUUUUAACAAAAAUUGAAGGACAGAAUCUGGUGGUGCUCGGCGAGGGAGCGAGAACAGAUCUGAAGGAGGAUGAGAAAUCUGGGAUUUAUCGGAUUGAUGCGAAAUUGCGGCUAAGUGUUAGGUUUAAGUUUUGGGUGAUUAGGUGAAACGUGAAAAAGACGGAAGCAAGUUGUAACCAUCUGGAUCUCUUGAAAUAGACUUCUUGAGAGUUA